AUGGAACCAGGGCCUGAAUGGCAUGCCCCCUGGAAACUUAUGAGGGUUAUCUCGGGCCACCUCGGUUGGGUCAGAAGCCUUGCAGUAGAGCCGGACAACAAGUGGUUUGCUAGUGGCGCGGGCGACAGGACAAUUAAGAUAUGGGAUUUAGCAACCGGAACCCUGCGUCUCACGCUUACAGGCCAUAUAUCAACUGUCCGCGGCCUCGCCGUUUCACCUCGUCACCCAUACCUUUUCUCGUGCGGCGAGGACAAGAUGGUCAAGUGCUGGGAUCUUGAGACAAACAAAGUCAUACGACACUAUCAUGGUCACCUCAGUGGUGUCUAUGCUCUCUCCUUGCACCCCACGCUUGACGUUUUGGUGACGGGGGGGAGGGACGGUGUUGCAAGGGUGUGGGACAUGCGAACUCGAAGUAAUAUCCACGUCCUCGGCGGCCACACAGGAACGAUUUCGGAUCUUCGGUGUCAGGAGGCCGACCCUCAAGUGAUCACAUCCUCUCUCGACUCUACGGUUAGGCUCUGGGACUUAGCGGCUGGCAAAACCAUGGGCGUCCUAACUCACCACAAAAAGGGCGUGCGGGCUCUUACCCUCCAUCCGACAGAAUUUACCUUUGCUUCGGCAAGUACAGGAAGUAUCAAGCAAUGGAAAUGCCCGGAGGGUACUUUCAUGCAAAACUUCGAGGGUCAUAAUGCCAUUAUCAACACGUUGUGCGCAAAUGCAGACAAUGUCCUUUUUUCUGGGGGGGAUAAUGGAUCAAUGAGUUUCUGGGACUGGAAAUCUGGCUACAGGUUCCAGUCACUAGACACCACCGCACAACCAGGUUCUCUCGACGCUGAGGCGGGUAUCAUGAGCGCUGUUUUUGACCAAUCCGGCAUGCGACUUAUAUGUGGCGAGGCAGACAAGACGAGUAGGUUGCCCAACUUUCUCCUCGAGUAA